AGUUCGUCACGUUUCAUGUCACACAAAAGCAAUUGACCAUCGUGUCUCCAACUUCCUUCCUUCAUGUUUCUUGCCUCUUGUAAUCGUAAAUGUCAUUCUCUAACAUUCCUUUUAAAAUAUUUGAACAAGCCCUCUCUUCUUGAGAAAUCAAGCUACUAUUGUUAUGCUUUGUAUCUGAUAUAUCUGACUUCUCUAAUGUGUCUUCUUUUAAGGCUCAAGAUGAGUGUAAACCGGCCAUACUUGCUCAAAAAUGCAGCUAACCUCAGACUGGUGAUCUUGGUUCUGUGGUUGGUUUGUUAUGUUGGUUAUGGUCAAUUUGAGGACACACAUGACUUCAACAAUCCGGCUGCUCUUCCCCUCUUUACACAGAUGGUGUACCGUAAGCUCUGUAACAGCACUGCUUCACUUAGCCACGAGCUCGCUACUAGAGCCAAGUUUUGCGUCAAAGACCCGGAUGCUGAUUGGAACAGAGCUUUUAAUUUCUCCACCAACUUGGAUUUCUUGUCUUCUUGCAUUAAGAAAACCCAAGGUGAUAUUGGUAGGCGUAUCUGCACAGCAGCAGAGAUGAAGUUCUAUUUAAAUGCUUUCUUUUUUAAAUCAAGUAACCCUGGUUACUUGCAACAAAAUGGGAACUGCAACUUGACUUCAUGGGUGUCUGGUUGUGAACCUGGUUGGGCCUGCAGCAUCGAUCCAACAGAACAAGUUGUUCUACAAAACUCUACAGAUUUUCCAGAAAGAACAAGAAACUGUAUGUCUUGUUGUGAAGGCUUCUUCUGCCCCAGGGGACUCACUUGUAUGAUACCUUGCCCUCUUGGCGCCCAUUGCCCUUUAGCUACACUUAAUAAGAGAACAAGCUUGUGUGAACCGUAUACUUAUCAGUUACCACCAGGACGACCAAACCACACUUGUGGCGGUGCAAACGUAUGGGCUGAUAUCAGAAGCAGCGGUGAAGUGUUCUGUUCUGCAGGAUCAUAUUGUCCAUCGACCACCCGAAAACUAGCGUGUGAUAGUGGGAACUACUGUCGUAUGGGGUCUACAUCUGAGAAACCUUGCUUUAAGUUAACUUCUUGCAAUCCCAACACAGCAAAUCAGAACAUGCAUGCAUUUGGGGUUAUGGUUAUUUUUGGUGUGAUUACCAUUCUACUCAUUAUAUACAACUGUUCUGAUCAAAUCCUGACAACGAGGGAGAAGAGGCAGGCUAAAUCAAGAGAAGCAGCUGUGAAGAAAGCUAAAGCUCAUCAGAGAUGGAAAGUUGCUAGAACUGAGAUACGUGCGCAAAUAACUCGGACGUUCUCUGGUGUUAAGGAAACUCACAAGAUCUUGGAUCGUGGGUACUCUUCAGAUGUAGGCAUCUCCAAAUAUUCAAGUCCUGAGAGUUCCUCUGCUGUACAAUCUAGCAAUGAGGUCAAGGAUGAUAAAAUCAAGAAAUCAUCUAGCCAAAUCUUGAAGGAUGCAUAUAGUCAGAUCGAGAAGGAGAAAGCCAUGGAACUAGAGAAUAAAGACCUUACCUUCUCAGGAUUAGUUAACAUGGCUACUUACUCUGAGGUGAGGAAGAGGAGGACUCUCAUGGAGCUUUCUUUCAAAGAUUUAACUCUUACAUUGAAAUCUAAUGGUAAGCAUCUGUUGAGAUGUGUGACUGGCACCAUGAAACCAAGUCGUAUCACAGCUGUGAUGGGUCCAUCAGGAGCAGGAAAGACAAGUCUCCUUUCUGCUUUGGCUGGCAAAGCCGUUGGAUGCAGUUUGAGUGGUUUGAUUCUUAUAAAUGGGAAGCAAGAGUCGAUCCAUUCGUAUACGAAGAUCAUUGGUUUUGUGCCACAAGAUGAUAUUGUCCAUGGAAACUUGACAGUUGAGGAAAACAUUUGGUUCCAUGCUAAAUGCAGGUUACCUGCAGGACAAUCAAAAGGCGAUAAAGUUCUUGUGGUUGAGAGAGUCAUUGACUCUUUGGGGCUACAAGCUGUGAGGAGUUGUUUAGUUGGUACGGUAGAGAAGAGGGGAAUCUCUGGAGGGCAGAGGAAGCGAGUGAAUGUUGGUUUAGAAAUGGUAAUGGAGCCAUCCAUUUUGUUCUUGGACGAGCCUACUUCUGGCUUAGAUAGUGCCUCAUCACAGCUUCUUCUUAAAGCACUUAGACAUGAAGCUCUUGAAGGAGUCAAUGUUUGCAUGGUUGUUCACCAACCAAGUUACACUUUGUUCAGAAUGUUCCAAGAUCUAGUACUUCUAGCUAAAGGUGGCCUUACUGUUUACCACGGACCAGUCAAGGAGGUCGAGGAAUACUUCUCAGGUCUUGGAAUAAUUGUACCAGAACGUAUCAACCCUCCUGACUAUUACAUAGAUGUUUUGGAAGGAAUUGUGACUGAUUUGAACUCUGAUGUUGGCUACAAAGAGCUUCCUCAAAGGUGGAUGAUUCACAAAGGGUACUCGGUUCCAUUAGAUAUGCAGAACAACAACAGUGCCAAGGACCUUGUAAUGAAUCCAGACGUUGUAAACAAUACGAACUGCAAUGCAGAACAAACAUUUGUCAGAGAGCUGUGGGGAGAUGUGAAUAGUAAUUUCAGAAUGCAUAGUGAUAAGAUACGGCAUAACUUCUUACAGUCCAGAGAUUUGUCCUGCAGAAGAAACCCUUCUAUCUGGCCACAAUACAAAUACUUCCUUGGAAGGAUAGCUAAGCAGCGAAUGAGAGAAGCUAAGUUACAAGCCACAGACUAUUUGAUUUUAUUGCUAGCUGGUGCUUGUUUAGGAUCACUUAUUAAAGCAAGUGAUGAGAGCUUUGGAGCACCUGGUUAUACCUACACUAUUAUUGCCGUUUCUCUUCUGUGUAAAAUAGCAGCUUUAAGAUCAUUCUCACUAGACAAGUUACAUUACUGGAGAGAAAGUGCUUCAGGGAUGAGUAGCUUGGCUUGUUUUCUUGCCAAAGAUACAAUAGACUGUUUCAAUACACUUGUCAAGCCAUUGGUUUAUCUCUCCAUUUUCUACUUCUUCACUAACCCCAGAUCUACGUUUUUCGAUAACUAUAUCGUUUUGGUCUGCCUUGUAUAUUGUGUGACUGGUAUUGCAUAUGCAUUGGCCAUCUUCCUCCAACCUGGUUCUGCUCAGCUGGUUUCUGUUCUGCUUCCAGUAGUUCUAACACUUGUCGCAACUCAACCUAAGAAUAGUGAGGCUAUGAAGAUCAUAGCUGAUCUAUGUUAUCCAAAGUGGGCUUUGGAGGCAUUUGUUAUUGGAAAUGCUGAAAAGUACUAUGGAGUAUGGAUGAUCACUCGAUGUGGAUCGCUUAUGAAGAGUGGCUACGACAUUAAUAAGUGGAAUCUAUGUAUAAUGAUAUUGCUUCUCAUUGGUGUGGUCACUCGUAAUAUUGCCUUUGUAGGGAUGCUUAUACUUCAAAAGAGGUGAAGAGAAGGUCUUUCCAUUACGGUUGAUAUCUGCUUUUAGUUCUCAGGGCUCUGAGGAUUGGAAGAAGGAGAAGAGUUUAAUGGUUCUGCGUUUGGUUAGUUGGUUACAUUCGAGGACCAAGUUAUAUAUAUAGCUUUCUUAAUUGUGUUAUUCUCAUCUUAGUUCAUUGUCUUAUUAUUAGAGUUACAGACUUUGUUGAUGUUGGUGUUUAUACAAAAAAAAAGAGAGAGAAAUGUUGCAUAAGCUGAUCUAUAACAGCAUCUCCAACACAAACCUUAUUUUGAGUCUGGAUUAUUUUCAAAAUGAGGUUGAAGAUGGGUUGUUCCAGCAAGUAACCUCAAACAUAUUUUAAAAAUUUUACAUACCACAUUUUAAUCAUCAGCCUUCAUAAUAAUUAAUUAUAGGCACUGAACUUUAUAAAUAAACAGAUAGUAAAUACGAAAUAAAAUGCAAAACAUAAUAUUUACAUAAUUCUUUUUUUUGAUGAAAUUUUGAAUUUAUUGAUCAUCAUUGGGAAGAAUUUACAAAGAAUGAUUUCCUAAAAGAAUGAGGAACUAUAUAACUAAAAAUCUAAAUUGAGUGAAAUUCCUUUCCUACCCAAAAACCUCAAACCACCUUCUCAUGAGCCCUUCAAGUCUAUGAUGUCCCUUAUAACCCAGCGAUGAGAUCCGAUUCUUGACAACCUUGCUUAUCAUACAGAUCAACUGAUCAGUUCCCUUAAAUCCCUGUUGGUGCCAUCGGAGGUUUCUCUCCCGCCAAACAUGAUAAACAACCACUUGAAACAGAAGGCGAAUGAGAAUCUGGUCCAUUAAUGUAUAUGCUUCUCCACACGCUACCUGGAGCAUGUCUGACCAAUCUGGAUUAAUUCUUCUUCCUAACAGCCUGCUUGCAACUCUGUCCCAAAUUGUAUAAGAAUAAGGACAUGCGAAGAAUAAAUGAUCUCGAGUUUCGUCCCUCUCUCCACAUAGAACACAUCCUUGCGUGAUCCCCCAUUGCCUCAUUCAAUCUCCAGUUGAGAGCCUGUUCUGUAUUGCAAGCCACACAAUAAAAGUGCAUCUAGGAAUUCCUUGUUUAAACCACACCCCAUUACUCCAGUUUACUGCUUCUUUCUUACAUCGAAUUUGUUCCCAAGUUCGAGCAGAAGAGAAGUAGUCCUUAUAAUCAUCAAUAUCAUGCUUCCAAAGAUACUUAUCGUCUUCCAUCUGUGGGUCAGGGACUGGUGUAGCUUGAAUUUUGGCAUGAAGCUCCUGGAAGUGACGACUUCUAUGGCCCCUUAUACUCCACUGAUUUUGGCUAACAGCAUCACACACCCUUGCACUGCGGGUAAUCCCCAAAUAACGAGUGCCAGUCGCUCCCGUUACAUCAAUAAGCCUGCCAAUCAUCAUGCCAGAAGAAAGCUCUGGCCCCAUUACCAACUUCCACCCUGAUGAACUGAAAUGCCAGUGAACGCAUCUUAAGAAGCUUCCUCCACAUCCAUGAACCUGCUGAAUCGUCACGCACAUCCCAGAAAGAGCUAUGUCGCAGGAGAUAAUGCCGAGUCCAUGAAACCCACAAAGAGUCUGUCAAAUAUUUACAUAAUUCAUACAUGGAUGCUUUCGUUUCACCAAAUUUUUGUAAAAAAAAAAAGAAUCUUUUGAAAAGUGCAUAUAUUAGAAAAAAAAAGUUACGAAAUGAUUAAGCUACAUAUACAUAACAUUUCUGUUUUAGAUUAUUUAAUUUUAAUUUUAACAUAUUUAUGUAUUUUAUGUAUCAAUAAUAACAUAUAUGUAAAAUAUAUUAGAAUAUUUAGUCCAAUUCCUAUCUACUGUUGGUGUUGACCAACAAAAGCAUCGGAGAAAACCGCAUAGCCUUUCCCGCGGGAACAUCCACAAUAGAUAUUUAUAAAGAUUAAAUUGAUAAGAAAACUAAUAUUAGUAUAGUUAUAUGUAAGUUACAAAGCUAUAGAACAAAAAUGGAAGUAAAUAGUAUUUUGAGGGUUUGAAUAUUGAAAUUUCAAAUUUGAAGUUUUACUAUUCAAGUUCUCAAAAUUUUAGGGUUUGAAAACUUGUUGGAGAGCUAAAAACCUCAAAUUUGAGAAUUAAAUGGUAUGUUGGAGAUGUUCUAAAUACUCUUAAAAUCUUGGCUAGCUUGUUUCUUAGAUUUUGGCGUUGAAGCGAACUAAAACAAAAUACAGGAAAAACAUCUCCAAGAGUAGAAAUCAUAAGCAGUGGAAAUUUGAUCGGAGAUGAGAACAAGAUCAGUAUAAUCAUUGUUGUGAAAAAUUUGAAUGAAAAGAUCAAUCACGUUGCAUAGAAAAAGCAAAAAUAAUGAUCAUCAGUCACUAUGCAUAGAAAACAUUAGGGAGAAGAUAAUGAUCAUCAAUCACUAUCCUCAUCCCAGCAAGCACAGUCUUCAGUCUGAUCGACAGAGACAUCCGUAACACCCUUUUAGGGAGAAGAUCAAAGAAAAAAUUCAUGCCACUCAUGGCCAAAUGGCUGAUGUAAUCGAAUUCUCUUAGGAUAAUUAUUUUGUAAUGUUUCCUUGUUUUAUUUUUUUUGCCUGGGAAACAUUAGUGUAGGACUUUCAAACUUUUGUAGGAUUCUUUAUUCAUUUUGAUAACGUUCGCAGCAAAAAAAAAAAU